UAAACAAAAAAGUCUAACCUCAAACCUGUCCUAGUGUCAGUUUUUACUUUUUAGAAAUGUCCCAUGCAGAGGAAGUUCUUAUAACCUCUUGCAAGACGUCAUUGCAAGUAUGGAGCUCCCAAGGAUCGGGAUCCAUGAACAGCAUACACACCUACAAAAACAAUGGAGAAAUCGUACCCAACUCCCUAAACCUAAUUAAUAAUCGGCUCGUAACGACAGCCCACCACGGCAAACCCCUGUUACACAUUUGGCCAAUAAACAGCCCGGACGAGAUCAAAAACCCGAGGUUCGUCUUGCCGGGUCCGGCCAACGUUUACAAAGUGACACCGGAUGGUCACUACCUGGUGGCGGGUAUCAACCGAACUCUGUACAUCUGGCAAAUAUCGUCGGGAACUCUACUGACCGCCCAGGAAAUCCACCUCUGCCCGAUCACGUGCAUCGCAAUUUCGCUGAACUCGACCCACGUACUAGUCGGCGCGGCCAACGGAUGUGUGCUCGUCUACAACUUCGUCCACCUCAUCUCCGUCGAGGACGUGCACUAUGCCCAAAAGGAGCUUGGCAAAGUGAAACCGUUGCACAACCUCCUCCACCACACCAACGCCGUAACGGACAUUCAAGUCGAGCUCGUCAACGUAAACCCACGAUUUGUAACGUCCUCCCUCGACAACAGCUGCUUUAUUUACGACCUCCGCACCGGCCAACCGCGCCUGCACAUCGUCUGCGACGAGCCGAUAACCUCAACGACCGUCGACGCCGUCUUCUGGAACGUCUACUUCGGCCACGCGGCCGGCGACAUCGUUCAGUUCUCCGUUUCGGGCUCGACGAGCGGAUUGGUGCACUUCACCGCUCCCGCCGCUCAUCUGCGUUUCGCCGGUCACAGCGGUCGCAUCAACUGCGUGGACCUGAACAGAACGAACGAGCUGCUCGUGUCGGGCUCCGACGAUUCGUGCGUGAUCGUCUGGAACAUUGAGAGCAAGCAGAUUUUGAACAGGCUCGAGUUGAAGACGCCGAUCACCAACGUUAAAUUUCUCCUGAAUACGAACACGUUCGAUCCUCACUAUCAGCCGAGGUACAUAGUGAAAGAACUGCAGCGUACGUUGGAAGGCAACGCUUAUAAGUCUUUCGAGUGCGAGGUGUAUCAGGAUUCGAGUUUCGUAUGUGAGAGUGACGAUGCCCGUUGGGAAGAGAUAGACUCUUUGAGGAAGCGCCUUCAUUUAGUCUCGCGUGUCAAUCACUGUUUAGUAAAGAGGCUUAAAUCUGGAACGAUGUAAUUUGUUGCUAAUAAAACGUCAUUUCUUGUUAAAAAUAUUUGAGGUUAUGUCAAAGGAUCAUUUGUUUAUUAUGAAGUUAGCUGUUAAUUCUCCAGUGGCGUACGGUUAGUUGCUAUAUGUACAGGGUGAUGCCUAGCGCAACAGCAUAGGGAUUUCAAUGGUAAUUUCUUUAUAAUCA